AUGAACUCGUUCGUCAACGACAUCUUCGAGCGCAUCGCGGGCGAGGCGUCGCGCCUGGCGCAUUACAACAAGCGCUCGACCAUCACGUCGCGGGAGAUCCAGACGGCCGUGCGCCUGCUGCUGCCCGGCGAGCUGGCCAAGCACGCCGUGUCCGAGGGCACCAAGGCCGUCACCAAGUACACCAGCUCCAAGUGAACCUGCCAA